GAUGUAUUUUUUAAUAUGGAAGUCUAAAUUGUAUAUAUGAGAAGUUGAUUUUAAUAAUGACAUGGAAAGUGGAUCAACGACCAAUUUAUCAAGAUUAAAACCAAGUAGAUCAAAUGAUGAGAUUGGAUGGAAAUAUAAUAAGUUGCAAGAUCCUAAAAACUCAAGUCGAGUGAUCUAUAACUUUUGUAAUAAAGUUACCACUGGUGGUAUCACCAAAGCUAAAAGGCAUCAAAGAGGGAUCAAAGGGGAUGUGGCUCCAUGUCCUAAAUGCCCACCAAUAAUUAGGGAAGAGUUGUGGGCCAAUUUACAACAGAAAACCACAACUAAAAAAUUAGAAAAGGACAUGUUUAUGUCUAGUUGUGGUACUGUUGAUCUUGAAGAGGAAGAUGAAGAGGAAAAACUUAUGCCAAGAGAAUCAACUUUAUCUAUUGGUGGUAGAAGUCAAAAGGCCAAAAUUGGGCAACACAAAGGCCCCAUGGAUUUGUACAUGUACCAAAAACCUAAGGAAACUCUCGAAAAGAGAAAGCUUGAAAAGUGUAGGCAAUCUUUUAUAAAAGAUUCUAUCAAGGAGUUGAGGGCUGAAACAAUUCAAUACAUUGCUCGGUUCUUCUACCAAAAUGGCAUCUCUUUCAAUGUUGCUCGUUCAGAAAGUUUCAAGCUAAUGCUUGUUGAUAGUGAGAGUAAACCAACAAUGCCUUAUAUUUAUGAGGCAACAACCAAAGCUAAGGAUGCCAUUAAGAGAUUGCAAAAUGAUGAUGAAACUAAUUGGUGGACUUUGUUUGGGCAUUUGGUGCCAAAUUUACAAAAGUUGGCUAUCAAAAUGUUGAGUUUAACAUGGAGUGCAUCUGGAUGUGAACGUAAUUGGAGUGUAUUUGAACAAAUUCAUUCUAAGAAGAGAAACCGACUUGACCACCAAAAAAUGCAUCAUUUGGUUUUUGUAAAAUACAACCAAGCUCUUAAAGCUCGUUAUGAUAUGAUUAGUGAAGAAGCUCAUACUUUAUUAGAUCUUGAAAAGUUAGAGGAGGAAGAAGAGGAGUUUGAGCCUGUUGGAACAAGUCAGAAAAACAAAGAUGAUGAUGAUUUGGUGGUUGAGUAAGAAGAAUUAGAAGCAGAAGAGAGUGAUGAAGAUUAUUAGACUCUUGAAUGAUUUUUUGUUUUAAAGUUUUAUUAUUUGACUUUUUUUUGAAUUGAUCUUGUCUGAUUUUUGUACUCUUUAAGUAUUUUAUUGUCUUAUUUGAUUAUAAUAAUCUAUGAUUUUUAUU